AUGUUCGAGUUUAUGCGCAUGCUAUUUGACCUAAAUAAUGUCGGGAAUAGUUUUCAGCGUUUUAUCGACCAAGAUUUUCGCGGCUUAGACUUCGUUUGCGCUUAUCUCGACGACAUGUUAAUCGCAAGCUCUUCACGAGAAGAGCACGGGCGUUACGUACGAACACUUUUUGACAGUUUAUCUCAACACGUGGUAGCGAUCAACGCAGAAAAGUGUUCGCUUGGUGUCGACUCAGUCAACUUCCACUGCCACGGUAUCUUCUCUGCAGGCGUCGUGCCACUGCAGGAUAAAAUUCAAGCCAUCAUCGAAUAUCUCGAGCGUCAGUCUUUCAAACGGCUCAGGCGUUUUGAUGAGCUUGUCUACUUUUACCGACGGUUCUAA